AUGAGGGAGGGGCGGCGAGAUCGACGAGGCCAAUCCAUGUGGGCCGAAUAUCUCCUGGGGAUCAAUCGGGGCCUGCUAUGUGACUGUAUCGCGGCCCCGACUGAGGAGGCCAAUGGUCUUGAAGCCGUGGCCCGCCGGAUCUGGGUUGCAAUGGGAGAGGUGGCCCAGAUCAGCCAGCAGAUCACCAAGGCCACUGGGAAUGCGAUCCGCAGUGAAGCUGUGCGCACCGAAAAGGACCGGAGCCCCGUCCAACCACUACAGGCAUAA